AUGGUUGAAGGAGCAGCUUCUGCCAUAGGCUGCGCAGCCGCUCUUGCUCUAGCCAGGGUUGCGUGGAGCUUCUUCCAGUCGAAGACAUCCGUCAGCUCCUACGGCCGAGACAUGACCGCCGAUGUGGCCCGCGAUCUGGUCGUCGGCCGCGACGAUGAGAUGGACAGCAUCAUCGACAUCCUUUGCCACAGGACCAAGAACAACGCGGCGCUCGUCGGCGAGGCCGGGGUUGGCAAGACCGCCAUAGUCGAGGGCCUAGCGCAGCGCAUUGCCGCCGGUGACGUCCCACCGGCGCUCGCCGGCGCGCGUCUCGUGGAGGUCGACCUCGGUGCCAUGACGGCCGGGACCGUGCUGCGGGGCAUGUUCGAGGAGCGCAUCAAGAGCGUUAUCGCCCAGGCGGAAGCCUCGGACGGCAACACCAUCCUCUUCUUCGACGAGAUGCACAUGCUCUGCGGCGCCGGCGAGGGCAUCACCAAGUGCACCAGCGCUGCCAACCUUAUCAAGCCGGCGCUGGCCCGCGGCCGCAUCCGUUGUAUCGGCGCCACCACUUUCGACGAGUACCGCACAUACAUCGAGAAGGACCCCGCUCUCGAGCGCCGGUUCCAGAAAGUGCACGUCAACGAACCCACCACGGAGGCCACCAUUGACAUCCUAAGGGGUCUCAAGCAGCGCUACCAGGACCACCAUGGCGUGGACAUCCAAGAUGCCGCUCUUGUUGCUGCCGCACGUCUCGCUGCCCGCUAUAUCACAGGUCGUCAAUUUCCAGACAAAGCAAUUGAUCUCCUUGAUGCCGCGUGCACCACCGCAGCCAGAAAGAAAAUGCAGAAUGACAAACAAGAAAUGGACAACGCCCAAAACUGCUCUGCAAAUACAAUGAAGGGGCCUAUUGUUGGUCCCGAUCAUGUUGCACACGUUGUAAGCCGAUGGACUGGAAUUCCUAUCACCACACUUGAUCAAAAGGAGAAAGAUAAGCUAAUACACUUAGCGGACAGAUUGCAUGAACGAGUUAUUGGCCAAGAUGAGGCGGUCAACUUGGUUGCACAGACGGUGCUACGCUCUAGAACCGGUCUUGAUCACCCUGGCCAACCCAUAGGCUCAUUCCUCUUUUUAGGCUCCACUGGUGUUGGAAAGACCGAGCUUGCAAAAGCCCUUGCUGAGCAACUAUUUGAUAGUGAGAAGAUGUUGCUUCGGUUCGACAUGUCUGAAUAUGUCCACAAGGGAUGCGCCUUGCGCCUUGUUGGAGCACCUCCAAGCUAUAUUGGGUAUGACGAUGACGGACAACUAACCGAGAAAGUCAGGAGGCGUCCAUACAGUGUCAUCCUUUUCGAUGAAGUAGAGAAGGCGGAUCCAUUGGUGUCGAAUAUUUUUCUUCAACUCCUUGAGGAUGGUGUGUUGACUGAUGGCAAAGGUCGGACUGUUGAUUUCAAAAAUACUAUCAUCAUUAUGACAUCAAAUGUAGGAUCUGAAAUCCUAGCAGCAAGCAUGGAUGGGACAAAUACAAACAAUUCACGAGACCUUCUCAUGAAAGAGGUCCAGAAACACUUCAGACCCGAGCUUCUCAACAGACUGAGUGAGAUAGUAAUAUUUGAUCCACUUUCACGUGACCAACUGAGAGAGGUUGUGAGAAUACAAAUGAAGAACAUUGUUGCCGUAUUAGCUGGCAAGGGCAUUUCUUUAUCUGCAAGUGAGGACGUGUUGGACGUCAUCUUAUUGGAGUCGUACAACCCUAUGUACGGUGCAAGACCCAUAAGGAGGUGGGUCCAGAAAAAUGUAAUGACAAUUCUCUCCAAUAUGAUUGUCAAGGGAGAAAUAUGUGAAGGCUCGGUGGUUUACAUUGAUGCUAUGGACGACAAGAAAGGAUUAACGUACGAACUUGCAAAGAAGAUGGCAGAUCCGUACAGUCCAGCAAUGGAAGAUACAUUUCUUUGA